CCCCUACAGUCCGAGAGCCGUCCCUGGCCCCUACAGUCUGAGAGCCGUCCCUGGCCCCUACAGCCCCAACACCAGACAGCAGCAGCAGCAGCUGUCAUGGCUGGCUGGGAGCACCAGAGUACAUUUGGUUGAUGGCGACAGUACAGUAUGGCCAAGAAUAACAUCUGCAGAACGACAGUUAAGUCCUGUUCUUCAGUGUGCACCAGUGACACCGUCAGUGGAUAGAGAUGAAACUACAGUACAGUAUUUUGGUAAAAGUCAAUCUGCAAUUGUUAUAAUAGUCAUGCAGCCAGUGGCGGUAAUGGCUGUAGGUAGGUUGCUCCUCUCCGAUGGCUGUGGGCCAUCUUACUUGAGAAUAAGAUCCCUUGCUUCGUCAUGGAGUCCAGCUUGUGUCCGCAGCAAAAUCGUGUUGCCGUUAGAUAGCGGAAGGACUGAAGAUGCCCGGGUGUGCCUGGUUCAGGUGGCGUGGAAUUCUAAAUUUUGUCGACACAUGUGCAGCUCAUCGAAGCCGCCAGAAUUGAGUGAAAGCAAUUCAGCAAAUGACAAGAAUGUACAUAAAAAAUCAGAAACAGCCAGCAGUUCCAGUGUUACAAGUACUGACAAACCGUUUACUCUAAUGACUGAAAUGAAGCCGGAGGCUUACUCAUUCAGACAGCAACUGUCAGAAAAAUCAUCAUCUGUGAUUAAUAGCAUGUCUAAAAUGACUAAAGGAGCUGAGGCAAAGAAACCUGAGGACUGGAAUGACAUACUGAAUCGUUGGUAUCAGCAGUAUCAAGAUUUCAUUGGAAUUACAGACUUAAAAAAUGCACAGGACAGAGUUACUGAGCUGUCUGAAGUCUUGCACGAGGUGCAGGGUAAGCGACGAGAGCUGCAGGCGGAAAUUGAGGAUCUACAGGAGAAGCUAGCCAUCAACCAUGAACGCAUCUCUAAGUCUGAGCAGUAUUCUCAGGAACAUUUUACAUUAUUUGACCAGGCCCGUGAUAUGAACAGUCGACUGAAAACUGUACGUCUGGAGUUUGUGCAGUGUGAACGGCACGAGCGUGAUACUUUUACCCAAAUGUCUGCUGCUAUACGUGACUGUCACGAGCGGGAACGCAUGCAGGCAGAGCAGAGCAAGUAUUGGUCAAUAAUUGCAUCAGUGGUAUCAGCAGCCCUGGCAUCACUCAUCACCUCGGUCAACAACUGGGUUAGGAUUCGAGAGAUUAAGGAUCAUGUGUCGGGGAAUGGCCAAAGUCUACUGGAUGGAUUUCAGCAGAUGCACAAGGAUGUACUAGGAACUAUUACGACAUCACUGGCCAGUCCCACUCACUCACAACCUGGACUAGUUAAGCUACAGCAGACAGCACAAAGCAACCCAGGUAUUUGUGAGAGUUCUGACAGACAAGCACCAGCAAUCACAACUAUAGAUGAUGUAGCAAAGUUGACGGAGAAUAUUAAGCACACUUUAUUACAGCAUAUUAAUGCAUCUUUUGUUAAAGAGAGAGAGGUGCUCAUUGAACGAUUAAAUACGGAGUUUGAGACUAUUGUGUCGCACAUAGUGUCAGAAGGAGGUAGAGCUCGAGAUGAAAUAACGUCUCUGGUGAAACAAUCUCUAUUAGAAGCUGUAUCAUCGCCUUUAGAGAGUGGUAAACAAAGUGUGUUUCUCUGUGAUGGACAUCAUGAAUCACCAGCAGUCGUAGAGACAUAUAGUUAUCGUCGUAUAGCCACAGCAAUGGCAGUUGGGGCAGGCAUAGGCACACUAGCAACAGCCUUUGUAUUGAAAGCAAUAGGAGGCUCAGGUGUAUAAUGUUGCUACAUUAUACUAUGUUAUGCUAUAGGUUAAUUUUUCUUAAAUUAGCUUUCUUUUAAAUGCUGUACUGUAAUUGCAAAUGUAUGUAAAUAUUAAUAACGAUAUUUAUAUAGGGUACAGUGGAACCUUGGUUUUCGUAUGCCCCAGGUUUGUAUGUAAAACUGUGGUUAUUCUCUAUAAAAUGUAUUUUUUUGAUAAAAUUUCCCAUAAGAAAUAAUGUAAAUCCAAUUAAUCCAUUCCAGACACCCAAAAAUAUUAAAAAAAAAAAAAACAUUUUAUUGAGAAUAACUGUGGUUUUUA